UCGGCGCUCCUCAACUUCCAGUCCUUUCUCACCUGCGUCCUGCUCUUCAUCUGCACGUCCACGUACCUCAAAUCGCAACGGCCCUCAAUGUUUAGAGAAAAGAAGCCAGGGCUCUUCUCACUCGUCUACAAGGGCGCUGUCAUUGGCACGAGGUUAAGUCCUUGGGUAUCUGCUAGCUGUCUGCUCAUGGCCGCAUGGACUCUCUUCUUCUGA